AUGACAAGGGUUUACAGAAGAGACUCCAACAACAACAAUAACAACAACAACACUUUUGAUACUAUAAACGCUGCUGCUUUUGCUAUAGCUUCUUCUCAGAAUCAUGUUUCUCAAUCUGUUAAUCAGAAGAAAAAAUGGGGAAACUGGUUGAACAUAACCGGGUGUUUCGGAUAUCAGAAGAACAACCGAAAGCGCAUUGGACAUGCUGUUCUUGUUCCAGAAACAACAGCUGCUGGAACAGAUGCUGCUGCUGCUGCUAAUGUUGUUAGUUCAACUGCUCAAGCGCCGCCGAGUAUAACACUUCCCUUCAUUGCUCCUCCUUCGUCUCCGGCGUCAUUCUUUCAAUCCGAACCUCCUUCAACCGCGCAAUCACCGGUCGGUUUAGUAUCUAAAACUUCUGUAUCUGCAAGCAUGUACUCGCCUGGCGGGCCUAACUCAAUCUUCGCCAUUGGCCCUUACGCGCAUGAAACACAAUUAGUUUCGCCGCCUGUUUUCUCGGCUUCGUCAACCGCUCCUUUCACUCCACCUCCUGAGUCUCUCCAAUUGACCACGCCGUCUUCGCCUGAGGUUCCGUUUGCUCAGCUAUUUGACUCCAAUAACAGAAACUCGGAGACUUAUCAGAGGUUCCAAAUAUCUCACUAUGACUUCCAAAAUUAUCAGUUUCAACCUGGAAGCCCGGUUGGUCCGCUAAUAUCACCAAGAUCCGCAAUCUCGGUGUCUGGUACCUCGUCUCCUUUGCCGGAUGAGUUUCAAACAGCAGACACUGCUAAGCUUCUUAAACUGGAUAACCUCUCAACUUAUGGAAAACAGAAGUCGAAUCAAAGUUCGGGGUCCAUAACACCAGAUACAGUAAAAUCCACCACUACUACACAAGCUGGUUUUCAUCCAACCAAUUGGGUUUCUGAUAUCAAAAUCUCCCCUUGUCCGAUCAACAGCCGCCGAAAUGAGAUAAGUGUAAAUCAUCGGGUCUCAUUUGAGUUAUCCGCCACUGUGGAAAACAAGCCAACAACAUCAUCAGCAUGGGCUAAAGUCCUGUCGAAAUUCAAAAGCGAUGCCGCAGCAUCAACAACAGGCAAAGAAGAGAAUGACUGUGAUGACAAACAAGUUGUAACAGAAACUCUUAUUGAUGCGCCGAAGCAAACAAAACCCGCUUUGGUUGGAGACGAUGCAACAGCUCAUGAGAAGGAUCAAUCAUUAACCCUUUCUUCGUCUUCCACGAAAGAAUUCAAUUUCGACAGUGCAGAUGGAGGCGAUUCUCAUGCACCAAAUAUAGCUGCUGAUUGGUGGGCUAAUGAGAAAGUUGCAGGGAAUGAAGGAGGGGCCUCAAAGGAUUGGUCUUUCUUCCCAAUUAUUCAACCUGCUGUUAGCUAA